UAUCUAUCUAUCUGUAGAAGUUUAGAAACUCGUCAAAUUCCACCCUCGAAGGGUAGAACAACUUGGCAUCGUAUUCACAAAACUGACUGGACAUCAUUGUGCAAUUUGCAUCCAACUGCCUUCACCGAAACAUCAUGGAAGCGUCCAAGAUCUCUCGCCGCCACGCUUCGAUCAAAGCUUCACUCAGUGCCAUGUGGAGCAAAGUCCGCGUGCCAACCAAGGUGUCGUCCGCCGCCGCUAAUGGCCACUACAUCGCUAUUGAAGAUAGAAGGCUGCCCACCGACGACUCGAGCUAUUUGCUCGUCAACGAUGCGGCGUGAGCUACUCUGUAGAGCACGAUAUCCACGCUCGGUCCAUAUUAUUUUGCUAACGUUAUUGUCCAUUUGAUACAAAUUUGCAAUUGAAUCGCGCCGACCAAACCGAUCCACAAUCGAUCUGAUUGGUUGAAUUU